CAAGACAACAGUGAAUGAGGUUGCUCAACUUGAGCCCAAGUCCCUUCCAAGCAUAGAGAGGUUGCUGCCAAAUUCAACGCUGCUUAGUCAAGCCGUUCCUCUCUCUCUCUGUAAGCGAGCGCGACUUCAAUACGUGUGGCCCAGCAAUGGAGUUGUCACUGGCACACUUCAACAUUGGCUUCGGUGGACCACAAGCAACAGCAGAAAAGUCGAGAGGCUAAGUGUUCUUCCGACCUCUCUCGUCACGAGACUCUCGUGUGGUCUGAGGUUGGCGGGAACGACGCCAAGAGCUCGCGUUCGUGAUUUGAGCGCUGCGCCUGUGGCACAGGCUGUGCUGGGGGCCGAUAUUGACUCAAGGCGAUGCUGCUACGCAGAAGCCCGUCUCUACGAACGGCAUUAGGACACGCCCCGACAACGUGGCGGCGCUCGACCAUCGCAACGAGGUCUCGUUCGCGAGCGACGUCAGCAUAAGCGGCGCCUGGCUUGUAUGUCUUCCAUAUCGUCGCACUGGGAGCGGGGCGCAUAAUAAUUCUCCACAAGCUCGAACUCAGGGGAUGCACGAAGCACAUGCGGCGGUAGCUUGCAAGUGGCAAUGCCAUUUCAUGCGCAAGGGAAUGUGGCCAGGAUGGGGUGGCAGAUGCUACACUGUUUUUUUGUAAGGAGAAAAAACGAUGUACAUAUGGUGUGGUGCGGUCCGUACCCUAAAGUCAGCUAGAAAAAGGAGCCGGUCAUCGUUGUUUGCCAUAGUAAAAGCAGCGCAGUGGCGAGCAUGACCUUCGUGCUCGUAGGUCCUGCGCGCGGGCGGCUCAAAUGCGCCCUCUUGCUGCUAGUGGUGGCGCUCUCGGGCGUCUGCUCCGCCUUCAACAGCACCGAACAGGACACAGGUACAGGCUCCAUAGCUCCAGCCACAGGGACGACGACCACCACAGCAGAAGUCACUGCGGACGAUGAAGAAGGCGAGACGCUGCUACAGAAGCAAUUGGUGACGCUGAGGGUCUGCGGUUGGCUGUCACUGCUGCUGUACGUGGCACUAUCGCUGGCCGUCGCGUGGCGCACCUCCCUACACUUCCUGCACUCGAGCGCCGGCGCCAAGAAGGCUUUCCACGUGACGCUCCUCGUAGCGACACUGUUGCAGCUUCCCGAGGCCGUCGAGUGGAUCUGGUACCCCACAUCACAGACCUGGGAGGUCAUGUACGUGUGCCGACUCUACUCGCUACUGCUGCUCUCCUUCUGCAAGUCGUACCUGGCUGUCUGUUGGGCUGGCGUCGUCUCGGCAGGUCAGCGACUGGCACGACGCCGCAUGACCAAGAUCGUCACCGUACUCAACGCGCUACUGAUACUCUGGGGCGUGAUAGUACCUAUCUUGAUUUCCAGAUACACCGACGACAUCUACGGCCAGUACAGCUUUAUGAAAAGCGCUCUCCGAGGCGUGCUGACCUAUUCAGGUGUGCUUGUCGUGCUCGCGUACGGCGUUCUGCUGGGAUACCAGGGUUUCCGUCUACGUCGGCGUCUGCUGCUUGCACGUGGAACUGUCCCGGCCGCCAGCGUGGAGAAGUCGCUCAAUCAGCUUAUGCUCGCCAUCUCCAUCUUCAUCGUGUCGGACGUGGUGCGCAUAUUGGCGCUGAUACUCAACGAGUCGGGUGCUGCCAUGUCCAUGAUCGUGUAUCUCAUUCUCUACAACAUAAUCCCCAAUAUCUUCCCGACCAUCUGCAUGCUCUACCUCAUGAGAAGACUCACGGGUAGAGGGGGCAGCGACGUGGGCGUGAGUCACAUGAAGGGAGUCGGCAGCAAGCGAACGCUGUCCAAGUACAUGACGGAGGCCGAUUCCGACGGUAGCACUGGAAGCGACAGUGCGGGUCGCGCUUGCAACGAGAACGCCAUUGCCAGAGCGCAGUGGGAGCUGCAGUCCCAGCAACAAUACCUUCACCACCAACAGGACCAGAUCCAAAGCGCUCGAGAAGCACAGCAGUCUCCGACGUUCUGUUGGGUCCGCGAGUCCAUGGAGCUCCGCUGAGCGAGCCUAGCAACACGUAGAUAGACCGCUUCAAAUGGACGUCUUAAGUUAUUCACCAUCACACACCCGUCUGCUUAGUUGAUCAACAGUUACAGCUACAUUCCACCCCAACUUGACAGCUGAACCUCCUGUGAACGCAACAAAGCAAGCUUUUCACGCAGCCGACGUUGCUGUACGAGCAGGGAGCCCAGUUCAUUGAGACGAACGCCACAGCGUAGAGCAAGUCGUGGAGGUCCGUGCUUCGUCACUUCAGAUUGUUUCGUACGUCGCAGCGACUCAGGAAGCUCCAACUGCAGCUCGUACGUCGCCAUUGGCACGUCUAUCGAGCGCGAAGAAGGUCUGGAGGUCACUGAAUGCGUCCUUGGGACAGAGGAUCGAGAUGAAUUUAUGUCACCUGUUUCGUCUUCGUUGCCAGAGGAUGACGACUCAGAUGAAGCUUUUGGCUUUGGCUUGGUAGCUUUCGUUUCUGCUACACUAGCUGCGGCAGGCAACCCCACCGCAGCGGUGGGCAACGUAGAACUGCUUGUGCGAGUGAUAACAUCGUCAAUUCCAAGCUGCGCACGCCCCAAAACACGUCGCUGCCUCACCGAAGGUAUCAUUGGACCACCGUCGCAAAGACGCAGAGCUAACACGUCUCCCAGAGCUGUUACAGGCAACUCAAAGCUCUCAUGCCACAGUGGAGAUCGACUUUUCUUGCUGACCGACGUAUUAGCCAUUUGUGCUGGCACAGGCGAUGCGAUGCGGCCACCAGUUUCUUUCUUCGCAGCCUUGGAGGCUUCCAAUGACUUCGUGCUCAUUGAAUCGCCUCGUGAGCUCCCACUGCCGGUUCCAACAGUCCCAGACUGUACGCAAAACUCCACAAACGAGUGAAUGGGCGACGCUAUCGGAAGAAGACUGAUCCCUUGCACUUCCACGUAAAGAACACCAAUGCUGGGCGUGUCGUCUUCACUGUCUCGAAGCUCCACAAUCCUCUUUUCCAGUCCUAGCAUCUGCAUUUGCUGUUGACGCCAUUGAUCGCGAAGUUCUUCAGCGGCGUCUUCCUCGCCUUUGUCGCCAGUGACUACAUAACGAGGCACACCAUUAAGGAAGACGCGUCCUGGAGGGAGCGCUGCCUUGGCGCUUGCCGCGAGAUGGGUACCAAGGUGUCCAAGGUAUUUGCUCUCCAGCGCUGCUUGCUUAGCCCUCAACAACUUGAGACGACGGUCUUCGGUAAGAUCUUGAUGGUCUUUUAGCGCAUAGGAUACCCAUCCGACAAAGGCAAAUAGAGCUCCCAACGCCACGACGUGCUGUUCAAAUGUCUUGUUAUCGAGGUCGGCAGCCGUCGUAUUCAGAAAAAUCAUCAGCAUG